UCCGGCCGCCGCAAGUCUUUUCUAGUGUCAUUUGGAGGAACAGGACCCUGCUGCCACGCUAGCCCACUGGAGGUGUUGGCUGAUGUACUGCUCUGGUGGGACACCCCUCUCGUCUCAGCUUAGUGCAGUGGGAAGAAAAGCAAGAGAUACCCCACGGAGAGGGGCUCCUGCUUCACUGGCCUGAUCGACCUUGGUUGAAGGAAAACGGGAUGGAAAGGAAGAAGUGGUACAAAGCCCCAGGUGAAGUGGUUCCGCCAGCGUCUCAGUCUCGUCCUUAAAGGGCUAUUCCAGUGUCGAAGAGACUGAAAAGCAAAUGCUCCAGUAAGCCAAGAUGGAAGGAGGCAAUGGUGCAAAUCUGCAACUUCAGCAGCUUCCACUUGCCACUGCAGCGGUGUCUGUGCAGCCACACACAGACUCCUUUUCGUACAAGGAGAACUUGAUUGGUGCAUUACUGGCCAUCUUUGGACAUCUCGUUAUCAGUAUUGCACUUAACCUCCAGAAAUACACCCACAUCCGCCUGGCAGGUUCCAAGGACCCCCGAGCCUACUUCAGAACCAAGACAUGGUGGUGUGGACUCUUUCUGCUUGUGCUGGGAGAACUGGGAGUGUUUUCCUCGUACGCCUUUGCUCCUCUUUCACUGAUUGUGCCACUCAGUGCAGUGUCUGUUAUAGCUAGUGCAAUCAUAGGAAUUAUAUUUAUUAAAGAAAAAUGGAAGCCCAAGGAUUUUCUAAGGCGCUAUGUUUUGUCCUUUGUAGGCUGUGGUUUGGCAAUUGUUGGAACUUAUCUGCUGAUAACGUUUGGACCUAAUAGUCAUGAGAAGAUGACAGGAGAGAAUAUCACUAGGCAUUUAGUGAGCUGGCCAUUUCUGUUGUAUAUGCUAGUGGAGAUCAUCCUAUUCUGCCUGCUACUAUAUUUUUACAAGGAGAAAAAUGCAAACUACAUUGUAGUUAUUCUUCUCCUGGUAGCUUUGCUGGGUUCGAUGACUGUUGUCACCGUGAAGGCUGUGGCAGGCAUGCUCGUCGUCUCCAUACAAGGAAACCUCCAGCUGGACUACCCUAUAUUUUAUAUCAUGUUGGUGUGCAUGGUCGCUACAGCGAUCUUUCAGGCAACGUUUUUGUCUCAAGCCUCCCAGCUGUAUGACUCAUCUCAGAUUGCCAGCAUCGGCUACAUCCUGUCCACAACGGUAGCAAUCACAGCAGGAGCAACUUUCUACUUGGACUUUACUGGUGAAGAUGUUCUCCAUAUAUGUAUGUUUGCACUUGGGUGCCUCAUAGCCUUUCUAGGUGUCUUCCUGAUCACAAGAAACAGGAAGAAAUCGAUACCCUUUGAACCUUACAUAUCAAUGGAUGCUAUGCCAGGCAUGCAGAACAUGCACGAUAAAGGAAUUGCAGUCCAGCCUGACCUCAAAGCUUCUUUCUCCUAUGGUGCCCUAGAGAACAAUGACAACAUGCCAGAAAUUUAUACUCCAGCCACACUGCCAAUAGUGCAGGAGCAACAUGGUUCUAAAGGGGUUUCUGUUCCACCCUACCGAGUGCUGGAACACAGCAAGAAGGAGUGAGUGACGUUUAAGGAACUGAGUUGAAUCUUUAGAAGUAUGACCUUUAUUUAUUUACCUCUUUCGGUUUAAAAUAUAAGUAUAAAGCCAGCCUUGAUAUAGCUUAAAGCUUGUCUCAACUUUCAAGGACAAUUAUUAAAAUAACUUCCUAUGGUUGUGAAGUGGAAAGCAUUUGUUGUAGCAAGGAGUAAAUGGCAGUUGUGCUUUGAAGGCCACUUUCUGGGAGUGUGAGAUGGGGAGUGCCGCGUUGUGGCUGUAGGAAACCACUGCGAUUGCAGGCGCUGCGGAAACGCAGAGCCCUGGCAAGAGAAGUGACUCUGCAAUAUAAACACAUUCGCAGAAAGGCUAUAUCUCCAAGCUGAAGCUUUCAGGAGCUGCCCACAGUGAGAGAAGGGCAGGAUUUAAUGAUUCAUAUAGAGACUGUGAAGGAUUUCUGGAAAAAAAUUGUAAAUCCUCACGUCUCUGACACAACCACAAAACUAUCUUAACAUGGCAAUAAAAUGGCACUGUUUUCAAGCAAGAAUACUGCGGCUUACUGUAUCUUCGGAGUGGCAUAAUCACAAUAAGCAAGCUACCUUUUCCUUCAAAGCAUAAAUCUUUAGCAUUUCCUCCUUCACUAGUCUCUGACUAGGGUUGAACAUAUGCACUAUGUGACUUGUUUUUAUUGCACCACUGGAUUAUAUGGCAGCAUGAGACAAAGAUUUUCUUUGCCACUUUUCUGGUUUCGUAGCGGGAGCUUGAAAUUAGAUCAAAUGGUACAAAAGGAACAGUGUAAACUAAAAGAACACGAGGAGAAUAGCAGUGUGACCAAUGUAGCUGAUGGGAGUUUCUGUGGUUCUGGAGGGCCAAAUUUCCCAUCACUUCCUUUUCUCUCUGGGCCAGGCAGAAUUUCUGACUUACAUCUUGUAUGUAUGGGUUCCCGUGUGUGUGUGUGUGUGUGUGUGUGUUUGGUUUGGUUUCUCAAAAGCAGGAAGGGUGGUGGCUUAAUGUUGUGAAGGACCUAAGAAGAAAAAAGGAGCUUGCACAGUGCAGCACUCAGUGAGGGCUGUAACAAUAAUGCAGCUUGGUGUACUCAUGAUAUUUAUCUUUCCAGUUUCUAGGAGAUGGGCAGAAGCUGAUAGGAAGGGAGAAUAGAUGCAAGGGGAAACUUGUCCCAUGAAAGGGACAAAGUGCAAUGGUGAUUGGUGCGUGCGAGUUGCACCUGCUCUCUAGGCAAUUGCACUUUGAUACCAUCAUCUUCUGUAAAGACAGCAGUUAUGCAGGGAAGUUCUCACUGGUGUGACCUGGACUGCAUGUGUGGCGGUGUCUGCAUGCAUUUAGAAAACCCUUUUGCAAAUGAAUGUCACUUGUUGUAUGYGUUUCAAGUGGUCACUGAUAUCACUGGCCAGAUUCUGCUCCCUCUACCAGAAAUUCCCAAGAACUCCACUGGCUUGGAAUAUAGCUAUUCCAACUCCUGCUGCUGUACGUGACAACAGAACUGUUCCUUGGCACGUGCUUGCCUUGCCAGCUAUGAAUACUGAUUGAAUCUGGAAAUACUUGAGGCUGCUUUGUGUUGCUGAGGGSACGGCCCUGCCUGGCUCCGCAGAGCACGUGUGCACGUGCACCUCUCCAGYGUUUCACCACCAGCUUGGCAUGGCUGAGCUCAGAUCUUAUCAGUGGCAUCCUGUACACCAUGGCUGAUGAAACCUCAAGAAAUAGCUGCUUUCCUGUUGCCUGCAAUACUUUCUGUGUUCAAGUAAGAUAACAAUAUUAAUGGGCCAAUAUUGCCAGUACCUUAAUUUCCUUGGACUUGGAAUGACACUGAUUUACURCCUUUGGCUCUGUAUCCUUGGUAAUCAGUUUAUUUUUUGGUGAAUUUAUGUGUGGCUUUUGUUCAUUGGCGCUACAAAACAAAGUAGUAUGGGGUAGGCUGACUGAGAAGGGUAUAAGAGUGCUGGCUUCUCUGACCUCUUCCRUUUUAAUCAAUGAGGCAGCAGCUGUUUUGACCUAGUGGUUCUGAAACCACAGGAAUAUAUGAACCCUUUUCAAAGAAGCUGUGCUAUGCCAUGCAUGCCCACAAACUGUGCUUUUGGUCAUGUUCCCUUGAAUUACUAGAGGUUACCACGGUAUAAAAUAGUUGAUCUAAAGGACCUGAAUGUUGUGCUCUGGACUCCAAGUCUUUCUGUUGUCCUGCUUUAUUUACCCAGUCGCGCUUACACGUUCAAGUAUUUCCUGUGGUUACUGACCAUUACGUUUAUGUUCAGCAAGACYUGCUUUGGCAGCCUUCUGUCAAAGGGUUCCCCGGGAGAUGAUGUCUGUUUCUACAAUACACAAAUCACAAAAUUUUAGGUUACUCAAGCUCAAAUACAGCUGGGGGCCUUUCUUAGCCUACAGGCCUCACUUCAAUGCACUGAUGUUGCAAGGGCUGCUUCUUUGCCAUCUUUGUUAGCCACAUUAGGCAUGGUAGUAGACUGCUAGAUAUGUUCAAUGCUUGAAUUUUAAAACGCAUUGUGGCAUAAACUGGGACAUUGAGAAAACAAGCAUGUUUAAACUGAGUGUGGGACUUUCCUGGUCUUCUGAACAUUGUAGUGUGUAGCUCAGUGUUGAAAAAUUCCUUGCCUCCCCUCUGGUGUAGCACACUUGGAAAACCAGGAAACUAUUUGUACCCUCAAAUCUGAACUUCUURCAGAAUAUUCUUAGGGCUGAGGUGACAAGGGCCAUGUCUGCAGCCAAUGCAGGUAAAUUGAACAUAAAAAGGUAAAGGAGAAGAGCUUCAUGCCACAUCCUAGUCUCUCUUGCAGGCUGAAAAAUAUCUGCUGGUGUAAAGCACACUUUAAUGUGUGUGUCAAAGCUGUAGUUUAUCUAGGGGUGAGCUCCAGAGCRGCAGGGCACUGUAAGCACCAGAGGAUGCUCACAUUUCCAAAUAUGCUGCCUUUAUUUCAGAACCCAGAGCUGAAAAUACAGAAAUGCAUUGACUGCUGCCUCCUUUACUAAAAUGGGGAAAAAAAACCCUCYUUAAUUCUCUCUUCUUGUUUCUUUAUCAAAUGUGAACUGACAUCUAUUGCCUCUACACUGUGUGGCUUUUCAAUGCACCAGAGCACUUAAUAUAUUCUCARUGUAUAUUUACAUGUAAUUUUAUGCUGUAGAAUACAGCUCGGAUGUUGGCUGAAUGUACAAAAUGAUCUGCCUAUAAUGUUAUCUUGUUCACAUUAC